UUGCCCUAGGUUCUUCCUUCGACGACUCUAUCUCUCUCUCUCUGCCUCUCUGUCUCUCUUUCUCUCUUUCUCACUGGAAUGACAGUGAGCGACGAUCAGCGAGCUGCGACUGUGGCGGCGAGCAAUGAUCGGCGAUCGGCGACACUGAGUGAGAGCAAGUUCGUUUUAUCAUUAAUGCAGGUUCAGCUGUUGUGGAUUGUUGUCGUGUUGUAAGUUCAUCAAACCAACAUGGAGAACCAAGGAGGCGAUUGUGGAUUAAUUGACCUGGACAAGACAACUACAGUGUUGGAACCUGAGAAGGCCAGUGGCGGGGGGUUAUAUGUACCUGGGAAAGAUAGACUAGUGUUCAAACCUCCCGAAAGGAAAUCCCUUCUAGGGCUAGAUGUGCUUGCAAAUGUGAAACGUGGCGAAUCUAAAGUAGAUGGUGCAUUCAAGGUUCCAAGGGAGAGAGUUACUUCUGUUGUGGCAUCUUUGGAUGAAGAGGAGAACUCUGCCUUGUCUGGGAUAGAUGAAGUAGGAAGUGAUGUAAACAGUAGUGCACGUAGCUUUACUGGUAGGAGGUAUCGUGAGGCAUCUGCAAGUGAGGCAUCUCGUUCAGAAAGUAAUGUGACUGAAGAAAGACAAGUAAGUGACACACUGAGGAGGCAUCGAUCAAAUGAACAUAUCCGUUCUGAGAUUGUAGCUGCAUCUACUGGAAGCUCCCAAAAUGCUCGAGAUAGGAGCCCUAGGUACGAUACUAGUGACCGUGGUGGGGAGAGAAGUUAUUUCAGGGAUGACUCUAGAAGUGAAAGCAGGGGGAUGAGGAGGAGACACAGUACUGAUCGUGAAGAGCAAAAUCAGGGUAGAGUAUCACGCAAUCGAUAUGAAAGAGAGUACAGUGAGGAGUAUGAAAGAAAAAGAAGUAGAUAUGAAGAUUCAAGGUGGACACCUGGGAGAUCUGAUUGGGAUGAUGGAAGAUGGGAAUGGGAAGAUACACCACAUCGAGAUAGUCAUUCUAAUUCCAGCAGGCAUCAUCAGCCUUCACCAUCCCCCAUGUUAAUUGGGGCCUCUCCUGAUGCACGGUUGGUUUCGCCAUGGUUGGGAGGCCAUACACCCCAAUCUGGACAUGAUGCUUCUCCCUGGGAUACUGUUUCACCUUCUCCAGUUCCAAUCCGUGCUUCUGGGUCUUCUGUUAGAUCUUCUAAUACUCGAUAUGGUGGAAGGUCCCACCAACGUACUUCCUCUGCCAACAAUUCACAUUCCUCUGAGGAUGGAGAAGCCGAUAAUAACUAUUUCUCUAAAGAUAACAAUCCAGAGAUCACAGAGAGCAUGCAUUUGGAGAUGGAAUACAAUUCUGACCGUGCAUGGUAUGAUAGAGAAGAAGGAAAUACAAUGUUUGAUGUGGAUAGUUCAUCAUUUUUCCUCGGCGAUGAUGCUUCUUUCCAAAAGAAAGAGACAGAGUUGGCCAAAAAACUGGUUCGAAGGGAUGGAACAAAAAUGACACUUGCUCAGAGCAAAAAGUUAUCACAGCUCACGGCCGAUAAUGCUCAAUGGGAGGACAGGCAACUGCUGAGAUCUGGAGCAGUUAGAGGUACUGAGGUGCAGACUGAAUUUGAUGAUGAGGAGGAGCGGAAGGUUAUUCUUCUUGUUCAUGAUACAAAACCCCCUUUCCUGGAUGGAAGGGUUGUUUUCACAAAGCAAGCAGAGCCAAUAAUGCCAUUAAAAGACCCAACAUCAGAUAUGGCAAUUAUAUCCCGGAAAGGGUCUGCUCUGGUACGGGAAAUUCAUGAGAAACAAAGUUCGAACAAAUCACGUCAACGUUUUUGGGAGCUUGCAGGCUCAAAACUUGGUGAUAUCCUCGGUGUUGAGAAGACAGAAGAGCAGGUUGAUGCAGAUACCGCUGUAGUAGGUGAAGAAGGUGAAGUUGAUUUCAAGGAAGAUGCCAAGUUUGCUACACACUUAAAGAAGGAUGAAGCAGUGAGUGAUUUUGCAAAGUCAAAAACACUAGCUCAGCAACGCCAGUAUCUGCCCAUAUAUUCUGUACGAGAGGAGUUAUUGCAGGUGAUUCGCGAAAACCAGGUUGUGGUAGUUGUCGGAGAAACUGGUUCUGGAAAAACAACUCAACUGACACAGUAUCUGCGUGAAGAUGGCUACACAAUUAAUGGCAUUGUGGGCUGCACCCAACCAAGGCGUGUAGCAGCCAUGAGUGUUGCCAAAAGAGUGAGUGAAGAGAUGGAAACUGAACUGGGUGAUCAAAUUGGAUAUGCCAUUCGCUUUGAGGAUGUGACUGGACCGAACACCGUAAUCAAGUACAUGACUGAUGGUGUACUUCUGCGUGAGACACUAAAAGACUCUGAUCUUGACAAGUACCGUGUCAUUGUAAUGGACGAAGCACAUGAAAGAUCACUUAACACAGAUGUGCUUUUUGGGAUCCUUAAGAAGGUGGUUGCCCGGCGUCGUGAUUUCAAGCUCAUUGUGACGUCUGCAACUCUAAAUGCACAGAAAUUUUCAAAUUUCUUUGGAAGUGUACCAAUUUUCCACAUCCCUGGAAGAACAUUCCCGGUAAAUAUUUUGUAUAGUAAAACCCCUUGUGAAGACUAUGUUGAAGCUGCGGUGAAGCAGGCCAUGACUAUCCAUAUCACCAGUCCCGCUGGUGACAUACUAAUCUUCAUGACUGGCCAAGACGAAAUAGAAGCAACUUGCUAUGCACUUUCAGAGCGUAUGGAACAGCUCGUAUCAUCCACAAAGAAAGCUGUUCCUAAACUCUUGAUUCUCCCUAUUUACUCCCAGUUACCAGCUGAUUUGCAAGCAAAAAUAUUUCAGAAAGCUGAAGAAGGGGCUCGCAAAUGUAUUGUUGCUACAAAUAUUGCUGAGACAUCUUUGACUGUAGAUGGAAUCUACUAUGUCAUUGACACAGGAUAUGGUAAAAUGAAGGUGUACAACCCACGGAUGGGUAUGGAUGCUCUUCAAGUUUUCCCUGUGAGCCGUGCCGCUGCUGACCAGCGUGCCGGGCGUGCCGGUAGAACCGGUCCGGGAACCUGUUAUCGUCUUUAUACAGAUACUGCAUACCAAAACGAAAUGCUGCAGAGUCCGGUGCCUGAAAUUCAGAGGACUAAUCUUGGCAAUGUGGUUUUGUUGCUCAAGUCCCUCAAAAUCGAGAACUUGUUAGAUUUUGAUUUCAUGGACCCACCUCCACAGGAUAACAUCCUUAAUUCCAUGUACCAGUUGUGGGUCUUGGGUGCCCUUAAUAAUGUCGGAAACCUAACUGAUCUCGGUUGGAAAAUGGUGGAGUUUCCAUUAGAUCCUCCACUUGCUAAGAUGCUUUUGAUGGGUGAACAGCUUGGAUGCUUAAACGAAGUUCUGACAAUUGUGUCAAUGCUUUCAGUGCCAUCUGUGUUCUUUAGGCCUAAAGAUAGGGCAGAGGAGAGCGAUGCUGCAAGGGAAAAAUUCUUCGUGCCUGAAUCAGACCAUUUGACGCUGCUCAACGUUUACCAGCAAUGGAAAGCUAAUCAGUACCGGGGAGAUUGGUGUAAUGACCAUUUUCUCCACGUUAAAGGGCUACGAAAGGCUAGGGAGGUACGAUCCCAACUACUUGAUAUUCUCAAAACGCUCAAAAUCCCGCUCACAUCAUGUGACCCUGAUUGGGAUAUUGUACGGAAAGCAAUCUGUUCUGCGUACUUUCACAACGCUGCAAGGCUCAAGGGGGUGGGGGAGUACGUUAAUUGCCGGAAUGGAAUGCCGUGUCACUUGCACCCAAGCAGUGCUCUGUAUGGUUUGGGCUACACUCCGGAUUACGUGGUUUAUCAUGAGUUGAUCUUGACAACGAAGGAAUACAUGCAGUGUGCAACAGCUGUGGAACCCCAGUGGUUGGCCGAGCUUGGACCCAUGUUCUUUUCGGUGAAGGACUCGGAUACUUCCAUGUUGGAGCAUAAGAAGAAACAGAAGGAAGAAAAGACGGCGAUGGAGGAGGAGAUGGAGAAUUUGAGGAAGGUACAAGCAGAGGCGGAGAGAGAGAGCAAGGCGAAGGAGAGGGAGAAGAGGGCAAAGACGCAGCAACAAGUCUCAACGCCGGGGAUGCGGCAAGGCUCUUCCACUUACCUGAGACCUAAGAGGCUUGGUUUGUAAAUGUAAUUUUUGUUGUAUCAUAUGGUGUUACUAUAUGUAAUUUUUUUUUUCGGGGUAGAGGAUUUGUUUCGUUGAUUUCUUUUACAUUCAGCAGAAAUUUAUCCAUCAAUCAAAGAGUACACGGAUUAAUGAAUGAGGUAUAUGCUGUAUUGAUCUUUUGUUGUUUGAGGCAUUUUCCUUUUCAA